CAUUACCCGUUUAAAUGAGAUUGUCUAACAUUGAACAAACGACGCAGUCUUUUUUGUAAUCUAAGAUCGUUUUGAAAUAUUUGUUAUAUCGAUUUUUGCGUUUUCAAUGGGCGUACUUAAACACAAUCGAGAUUAUUUAAAAAGAUAACUUCUGUCUUUAAGCCAUUUCACACAGGGAACAUUUUGAAAUGGUGCAAUGUUGUAAAGAAUAAAAAUGGAUUUAGAUUUAAAUAUGCAGGACAUUUAUAAUAAUAUGAUGAAAAAUUAAUAUACAGUGACUAAUUUCGGUUCUCCAGUAAAUUAUGGUACAUUGAAUGAUCACAGACAUAUUUGUGAUGUCUUUUCUUUAAUGUCGUUACGUUCAGUUUUGAUGGCACAUCUUUUAAUGAAGAAAGAUCGUUGUUACAUAUUUGGACGCCUUCAAACUAGCUUGCGUUUUACUCAAUUUUGUAAAGAUGAACACUUUGAAAGAAAAAUUGAAGAAAAAUGAAUACAGAAACUGGGUGAAAGGUACUUUGGGCCUCGAAAGAACUAAUCGGGCUCUGUUUGAAUAUGUAAAGGCGAAAUUCGUUCUGUUUACACACAGAAGAGCUGGUCCUCGUGCACAUUUCACAGAAGACGUAUACAAUCAUAUACAUCCAGGCUCAAGCUGCAUCCGUAGAGACCUAAAACAAAAACUAUCGUACGAUAAAAAAGAUAAGAGAUGGAUAUGGAAAAAUGCCUGUACAAAAUGUGAAGAAGCGUUCAAGACGAUAUUGUCCAUACAUACGAAUUCAAGUAAAACAAUGAUACAUCUGGAAAACUGCCAAAAUACCACUAAUGUAACACUGGAAUGGGCGAUCGCAAGGUUUUUCAUGCCUAAACGAAAUGACAAAAACAUGGGACCAGAUGAUACAGACCCAGCUGCAAUGAUAAACCUUUUGAUGAACUGUCGUUUGUUUACUAACCCGAUAAGACAGAGAUACUUGAACCAGCUCAGAAAAGCCAGAAAUAAGCUUUUUCAUUCCUCAGACAACCUGGUAAAUGACAACGUAUUGAAGAAUUAUUUUUAUAAUAUGAAAGGACUUCUCACUGAUGCUUCUCAUGAUACCGAGGUCGACAAUAGUAUUAGAGAAGUAAUUACAAAAGACAUAGAGACAAUCGAACAGCUGGAGGAAGCAGAAAUAUCAAUGACUUUAUUUGACGAUGCCUUAAAAGUCAAACGGAAAGCAAUUUAUGAAGACUACGAAACAUGCUUGCAGGACAACGACAUUGAACAGCUGAAAGUUCUGUUGAAGCUUGCAGAAAAUGUCGCCGCAGAUCUUCAGUUUAUGAACGAUCAUUCCGAAGAACUAAAGAAUGUAAAAAUCUACAUGACAAAAAUUGAACAAUUGCAAACAAAGAAAGAAGAACUUGAAAUCAAACUGCAAAACACGACUGAAAUUGCAAGAAGAUUAGAUGCAAAGGACAUGAUUAUUAUUGUUAUCGUUACAAUUGGACUUGCCUUAUUGUUAAAGCUAUGUUUGUAUUUUGGAUGAAAACAUUCUCGAAUCAGAAGCAUGUGGUGACCUUCCAUGAAGAACUGUUGUAAAAAUUUUGAAAUGUUGCUUAAUGCGCGAUAUAAAUGAGUUUAUUGUUAUGUUGACUGUUUCCUGCACCUUUAACCUAUUCUCUGUGAAUGGAUAAAACUAUUACACGCAAGUUCUACAACUAAUAAGUGCUUAAAGUGUCAAAACAUCUGCUAAACUAAACACCAAAGAAAAGGUUUGAAAUGCAUACAGCUGACACAUGACGAUACGUCUUACCAUGAAAACCAAGUUAUACAGGCUUUCUUUGAUUAAGUUUGGAUUGUCCAGUUUGAGUAGACAUUUAUUCUCCUGAUCUAAGUCCCUGUGACGUUUUCUUGUUUUCCUUGCUAAAGAAAAAGAUAAACGCCCUAGCACUAUAAGUGUACUACGUUAUGUAUAUAGUUCAGUCUCUCAACAGUAUACCUGACUUCUUAGUAUAACUGUAACGUUUCAGUGCAAAAUAUAUGUAACGUAUCUUUAUUUGAAACUGUGA